AUGCCAAGCGAAGAAAUUGAAAUACCUAGAGUUGAGUUGUGUAACUUUGUGUUGUAUAUUGUUGUGAUUUCUGAUGCAACAAACUUUGUGAUUUCACCUUGCGUUUCUCCUGUGGCAAGUGGUGGUCGUUGUUCUGAUGAAAGAGUACUGAUGAACGGAGGCGGAGGUCCUGAUGAGGGAGUCCUGAAACUUCCCCCGGUGGUCCUGAACAAGAAGACGGAGGCAGAGGUCCUGAUGAACGGAGGUAGAGGUCCUGAACAAGAAGACGAUGGCAAGUGGUGA